AAAUUAUAGGUAAACCUAAAAAUUGGAAAGAGAGUUUGAGAAAUUGUUGAAGUAUCAGGUCAUUUUGCUGAAAUUUAAAUUUCACUUCAGUUUGGGCAGAGCACUGCAAAUUCCAUGGCUUGGUGGCGCCUCCUCAUUUCCAAAACCCCCAGCGCCACACCCCCACCUCUUCUCCCAAACCCUAGCCCUAACUCUAAUCGCCUGCAGCUCUCCCUCUUCCUCCUCCAAACCUCUCCAUUCUCCACCUCCUUCCUCAUCACCAAAACCCCCAAAAAAUUCAAAAAAAAGCGCAAGAAAGACGAAAGCCCUCGAACGAAGCUCGUCCAGACCCAACCCAACCUCAUCCCCCACUUCGAGCACAUCGUCGAGCGCGAUGCCCACUUUCGGUUCCUCACAAAAUCCAGAGACUUCCUCUCCAAGCAGCCCCACCGCGUCCUCCGCCUCGACGACGCCGGCAAGCUCCACCGAGAACUCGGCUUCCCUCGCGGCCGGAAAAUCGCCCGAUCCCUCCAGCGCCACCCCCUCCUGUUCCAAACCUACCGCCAUGUCGACAACAAAAUGUGGAUCGGCUUCACCGAGUUCAUGGAAGAUUUGCUCGAACAGGAACGAGUCAUUGUCGACUCAAUGGAAUCGGACCGAGUUAACAAGGUUCGUAAAUUGCUCAUGAUGUCCGCGAACAAGCGUAUCCCUUUGAGUAAAAUCUACCAUUGCAGGUCCUUAUUUGGAAUCCCAGAAGAUUUUCGGGACCGGGUUUCGAAGUACCCUAAUUAUUUUCGAACUGUGGUUGAGGAAGGUGGGAAGAGAAUGCUUGAAUUGGUGAAUUGGGAUCCGUUGUUGGCGGUGAGCACUUUGGAGAGGGAGUUUAUGGUUGACGAGGAGAAAGUGAAGAGGGCUUUUAGGUUUCCAGUGAAGCAUGGGAAGGAUUUGGGUUUGGAAAAAGAGGAUGAGAGGAAAUUGAACUUAUUGAACUCCCUUCCUCUGGUUUCGCCUUAUUCGGAUGGGUCAAGAUUGGACCUUUGGACUCUGGAAGCGGAGAAGUACAGAGUGGGAGUGUUGCAUGAGUUUUUGAGCUUGACAUUGGAGAAGAGGGCUUCUAUACACCAUGUUGUGGAGUUCAAGGAGGAGUUUAGUUUGACCAAGCAUACUUAUCAGAUGCUUUUUAAGCAGCCCAGAACGUUUUAUCUCGCUGGGACAGAGAUGAAUUGGGUUGUUUUCUUGAAAGAUGCUUAUGACCAAAAUGGGGUUUUGAUUGAGAAGGAUCCGCAGGUGGUUUUCAAUGAGAAGCUGUAUAAGUACGCUGAAAUGAAGGAAAUGGAACAGGGUUCUGUUGAUCAAUGGAAAUGACAAGAGGGUUUGGACAAUUUGUGGGAGUUCUUUGCUUGUGCUCCAAGGAAUGUUGUCUUAUAGCUUGAGGAAGCUUGGACCUAGAAGGAACUUGGGUGCAUCAGAGGUAUCUUGGUUGGUCCUUGAAUAGCUGUAUCUUGUGUUGCAAGGUUUUUCGAGUCAUAAGAAAUCAUAACAUGUGAUGUAUAUAAACCUUGGUGGCACCUUGUGGAAAUUUGGAUUAUUUAUCAACGAUAUGUCAUUUACUUGGUAAUUUUGUGGAUGAAGGUGUGCAAAAAUAAACCUCAGAGCUUUGAGUUGCAGCAGGAGUUUUCAUGUCUUGUUGGUCAACUGGUGCCUGGGUGAUGGUGAUCAUUUAAGAAAAUGAACUGAGAAUUUUGUGAACAGGGGAAUUCUGAUACUACUACAAAGCAAGGAUUUACUUGGAGAGCAAAUUUUGUUUUUGUAUUCUUUUGUAACUAGAUUUCAGGUACUUAAUGAUUGGUGAAAAUGAGGUCCAAAGUUCUGUUCUGA